GGGAACUCUGCUGCGCAGCUGACCGGCAGUAGCGGCUUGCGAAAAAUGUCCCGGCCCGGCGGGGUCUGGGGGUGUGCGGCCGCCAUGGACUGCGAGCAGCCCGACAGCUUGGAAGGCUGGGUGCCGCUGCGCGAGGACCUCUUCCGGGAGCCCGAGCGACACCAGCUGCGCUUCCUGGUGGCCUGGAACGCCGCGGAGGGCCAGUUCGCCGUCACCUGUCACGACCGCACGGCGCAGCGGAGGCGCGGGCCGCCGGAGGGCGGCGGCGGGGGGUGCAGCUGGGCCGGGCUGCUGUCGGCCGCCGGGUUCCGGGGCGCGCACCGGCAGCUGGCCGCGCUGUGGCCGGCCCUGGAACGCUGCUUCCCGCCGCUGCCGCCCGAGCUGGAGGCGGCGGGCGGCCGGGGCUGGGCCCUGGGACGCGGGCUGUGGGCGCUCAUGUGGCCGGCGCCCGCGGAGCCCGGCGAUGCGGCGCUGCAGGAGCUGUGCCGCCAGCUGGAGCGCUACCUGGGCCAGGCCGCCGAGGGCUGCGGCGGCGCCACCGUGCGCGACGCGCUCUUCCCCGCCCCGGGCGAUCCGGCGGACUGCGAGGGCCUGCGCGAGUUCCGGGAGAAGACGCUCCGCGCGCGGCUGGACGGGGCGUCCGCACGGCUGCGCCAGGUUCUUCAAGAUCACAGAAAAGCCAACACCAUGGUAGCAUUAAUGAAAGUUUAUCAAGAGGAAGAUGAAGCCUAUCAAGAAUUAGUGACCACAGCAACCCUGUUCUUCCAGUAUUUACUGCAGCCAUUUAGAGAUAUGCGAGAAGUUGCAACCUCAUGUAAGCUUGAUAUUUUGAAAUCCCUGAAUGAGGAUGAUCUGGGUCCUAAAAGGGUAGUUUCUCUACAGAAGGAAGUCAAUGAAUGGACCAGACGGGCUGAAGAAGCAACGGUCUCUAUUCAAGAUAUCACUGUGAAUUAUUUUAGGGAAACAGUUACAGCAUUAACAGGAAUGCAGAAACAGAUGGAGCAGGAUCGGAAGAGAUUUGGCCAGGCUGCCUGGGCCACAGCCAUGCCCAGGCUAGAGAAUCUCCAGCUCAUGUUAGCUCGGGAGACUCUGCAGCUUAUGCAAGCCAAAGAGCUGUGUCUCAAGCACAGGUGCGCUGAAAUCCAGAGGAAGAUGGAAGAUCUUCCAGACCAAGGAAAGAACACAGAUGUUGUAGAUGAGCUAGAGAUACAGUAUUAUGAGGUUCAGUUGGAGUUGUAUGAGGUUAAACUUGAGAUCCUAAGGAGUGAAGAGAUGAUCCUUGUCACACGGUUGGACUCUGUGAAGAGACUUAUAAAAGAGAAACAGGAUGAAGUGGUCUACUACGACCCGUGUGAAAGCCCAGAGGAGCUGAAGGGCCUGCCUCAUGAUGCAGAGCUACACCACGGUGAGGAUGGAGAGCUGAGAGCACUCAGUCAGCAGCUGGAGGCUCAGCGGGGCCGCAUCUGUGCCAGGAGGGCCCAGCUCAGGAGCAGAAGGGAUCACUGCCGAAAAAAUCAUCAGCUCAGACUGCAGCAGGCUAAAGAGAGUGUGAGAUAUUUUCACCAGCACCACAGUAUUCAGAUGAAAAGAGACAAAAUAAAAGAAGAGGAACAAAAGAAAAAAGAAUGGAUAAACCAUGAACGUCAAAGAACACUUGAGCGACUAAGAGCAUAUAGGGAGAAGCAUCCAGCUCCUCCGACUGCACUGAAAACAGCUUGCUCAGAAACCACAGUGCCAAACCUCUCAGAUGGACACUCUCAGAGGAGGUCCUCAGCAGCUCAUCACAAGAUAGCUCACCCUGCCUCUAGCAAAACCAGAAGUGUUACUCCUUCACCUGAAGCUAAUGUGAAAACCCCUGAGCAUCAAGACUCCUCUGGCAGUAUUCCUGUCCAGAUUUUUGUUCCAGGUGGUGGCCAGACACUCUCCCGAUUCAGUGAGGAUCUGUCACUACCACCCAGCCCCACCCCCCCCCCCCCACCCCCUCCUCCGCCCCCACCACUUCCUCUCCCAGCUCUGUCCUCUUCUCAAGCCACUACUCCUCAGAAUUUAACACUCAGGACUUCAGCCACAGAGGACCAGCCACUCUCUCUAGUGUGUGAGGCAUCUGCUGAAAGACCAUGUGAUCGUCUGGGAGACUUCCAGUGUCCAGGCUCUAUGGAUGAAGUGCUGGCCUCCCUCCGGCAGGGCAGGGCCUCUCUCCAGAAAGUAGAAGCAUCUACCUUGCCCCCUCCCCGCACCUCAGUCAAUGAACAGGUUCUGGCUGCCAUCAGGCAGGGGGUGCAGCUGAAGAAAGUCCACCCAGAUGCAACUUUAGAGCCCAGCAAGAAGCGAACCAGCGACCUGGAGAGGAGCAUCAGGGCAGCCCUGGAAAGAAUUAAGAGAGUGUCUGCUGACUCAGAGGACAGUGAUGAGCAGAGUCCUGGCGAGUGGGACCGCUAGGGUCUCCAGGUGACAAAGGCAGACAGGCCCAUAAACCCUGACCAGCAAGGCUUCCCUGGGACUGCUGCUUUGAUGUGGCCUUAACACGUGGAGAAUGGUGGAGAAUGGUGACUGUCACUACCCACAGGUGGGUAGGCUGGCCAUGGGAACAGUACUGUGUCUACUCUAGAGGCACUGUCUGACCUUGGAGGUGCAACCCUGUGGUAUACAUUAAACAGUGUGCUCCCAUGUGUAUGAACACCGGUUCCACAGACUUAAAGGCUUGAAUGUGAACAUGAUUUUAGCAAUAAUCAAAAUAAAUUGCAUAUAUUCCAGAAUUACUUUAAAUAUUUAAAUAAAGUUUAUUUUGUGUAUCAACACUAAAGAAACUCAUAAUAAACACUAUUAUAAUACAUCUAUGUCAUGAGGAAAUAUUCUCUGGCCCACUAUGAAAGCAAAGUUCUUUCUGUUUGGGUGGGUUGAAAAUUUUCUAAGAUUUCAGCUCAGCAUUUAGUUGAGCAAGUGCUAAGGGCACAGGAACAGGAUUGCUCACUCCAGGAACUGGUCAGGGGUUGGGAAGGACCCAUACAAAGCAGCCUAGUCACUGCUCAGACUACCUGGGUAUCCCUUAACCUCAUUAUCCCAACUCUCGGUCCUGAAUUUCUACCCAACAAAAUGAGCCCACGUGUCUUAUUUCCCACCUUCAGUUUUUCUGCACUCCCUCCAGCCUGUACCACCCUAGGAUGCCUGGGAGGCGUCCAAGCCCUUCAGCAGCUGUACUUGGACCUGCCUCUGUGGCCUGGCUGGAGCUCUCUGGGUAGCCACUGCCAGGCUGCCCAUGGGUCUGCCACCUGUCACAUCCCCAGAGCUAACACUGCUGAAGGCAAUUAUUUACCAGUCUGGCCUUGAUAUCUAGUGUGCUCUGGCUUACACUGGCUCUUACCUGUUCCCUCACAGGUUCAGGGGUGUCUGUGGUGGGGCAUGUGGCCUGCUGGGCAUAAAAUGGCUUUGCCUCAGGCCUCCUCUCCCACCACAGGCAGAAAACUGGGCCUCUGGAAUGAAUUUGGAAUUGAGAAGCGGUCGGCAUCACAACUUUGUGGGACUUUCAGUUGGUUCCGUUUUCGUUCUGCACCACAAACUCAUGUUGUAAGGGGCUGGGAGCCUCAUCAGGUUUGGAUAACAAGAGUUUGUCAAAAGUUUGCUUUUGCCAAUGGUUUUGAGAUGCCUUCACAAAAGUGACUCUUUUCAAAGGUGAGUUCUUCCGAAGUUCCUGAUCCAAUUGUGUCUUUAGUAUUGUAAGACUUCUCUAGAACUUUCUCUGCUUUCUGUCUUGUUUCUCCCUUGCCUCCUCUCAGCUCAGCCCUGAGGUAAACUCGUACUCUGACUUCUGGGACUCAGGACCAUGGAGGGCAACAGUGUGCCCUCUGCAGUCUUGACUCCAAACCUCCCAGUGUGCCCUCCUGAGCUCUUUCUAUCGAUUUGUGCCUCUUGAACCGUGCCCCUGGCUUUCCAACCCACACGGGGUGAAGUCCAGCCCUGCACCUGACAGACAAGUUCUCAGAGGACUGGCUGCGGUCCCCAGCAGCUUCUUUCCUACUGCGGGUUUUGAUCUUACGUCCUCACACUGCUUGCCUCUCUGCCCCAUAGUGUGGCUCUGAAGCUUAGAUGACUGGAAUUGAGCACACACACGCGCACACACACACACACACACACACACACACACACACA